UAUCUUACAAUUCUUUCAUGUGACUCCCCUCUUGUCCGCCGUGAUCCUCUUCAAUUCAACCGGGUUCCCUCUAAAUAUGUCACCCCCGACCCCUCUCUCUCUCACCGACACUCUCAAAUCCGUUCUCAUGAAGUCUACUCUUCGUCUCCUCCUCCUCCUUUUCCUUGUUCUCGUUGGCGUUUCACGCUCACGCCCCCAUCCACACUCCUUAUCAUCAGGUCAUCGCCAUGGUUCGGUGAGUGGAAGGGCGAAUCGGGGAUCUCUUCGCGGGGGUCGCAAGGGACAAGACACGGUUCAGGUGGCGGGGUCAAGGUUGCCAGACUGUUCGCACGCGUGCGGGUCGUGCUCGCCGUGUAGGCUCGUGAUGGUUAGCUUUGUGUGCGCGUCGCUGGAGGAGGCCGAGACAUGUCCCAUGGCUUACAAGUGCAUGUGCAACAACAAGUCCUACCCCAUCCCCUGAUUGAUUUUCUCUUCUUCCACUCUCACGCGUUUUUGUUGAUCUCUACAUCUUUCUCCAAGUAGAGCUUUUGUGGGGUUCUUUUCUCUGUGAAUUUGAUGGAACGGUCUCAGUUUCUCUGCAUGAUUUCUUAUACACUUGGAUUCUCUCAAGGUUGA